UGUGCUCCUCUGGGUCAGGAAUCCAGACAGGAUGCUCUCUGGUUUUAUGAUCAUGUGAACUGUAAGCUAUCUACCUGAUCACAAGGGUAUAUUAUAUAGACCUUUUUUUAAAUAUCAAACCAGAAUGUUCCCCCUUGUUGUACCUUUGGUGAGAAUCAGCUCCACUAAUGUAAAGUGCUAUAAAGGAUGUGUUCAUCUCCACAGAGGGAAGAGGAAGAGUGGUGUUCCUGUGGAGCAGCAGCUGUCCAGCUGUGCUCUGUGUCAGGACGUCCUGAAGGAUCCAGUCUCUACCAGCUGUGGACACUGCUUCUGCAGACAGUGCAUCACCUCAUACUGGGAGCAGAGACCUCCAUCAGGAGACCCCUCCUGUCCUCAGUGUGGAGAAAGAUCCAGAACCAGAGCUGGCCUGCAGACAGCCAAUGAACAUAGGCUCAGUCUGAGGAGGAGAUGUGAACGUGUGACUGAAGGAACUGAUCAAAGUCAAACCCUCCUCAACAGGAUCUUCACUGAGCUCUACAUUACACAAGGCCUGAGUGAAGAGGUUAAUACCCAACAUGAGGUGAGGCAGCUGGAGACAGCUUCCAAGAAAGAGACCCUCCAUGAAACUCCAAUCAAGUGCCAGGACAUCUUUAAAGCCUUACCUGACCAGCAGACUCUCAUCAGAGCGGUCCUGACCAACGGAGUCGCUGGAGUUGGAAAAACCUUCUCAGUGCAGAAGUUCACUCUGGACUGGGCCGAGGGUUUGGAGAACCAAGAUGUCAGUCUGGUGAUCCCGCUCUCCUUCAGGGAGCUGAACCUGAUCAAAGGUGAGCAGUACAGUCUUCUCAGGCUGCUCCAUGUUUUCCAUCCAACCUUACAGAAGGUCACAGCAGAGCAGCUGGCUGUCUGUAAAGUGCUGCUCAUCUUUGACGGCCUGGAUGAAAGCAGACUUUCUCUGGACUUCAGAAACAAUGAGGUUGUGUCUGAUGUCUCACAGAAGUCCUCAGUCAACGUGCUGCUGACAAACCUCAUCAGGGGGAAGCUGCUUCCCUCGGCUCUCGUCUGGAUAACUUCCAGACCUGCAGCGGCCAAUCAGAUCCCUCCUGAGUGUGUGGACAGGGUAACAGAAGUACGAGGCUUCACUGACGCCCAGAAGGAGGAGUACUUCAGGAGGAGAUCGAGUGAUGAAGACCUGUCCAGCAGAAUCAUCUCUCACAUCAAGAGCUCCAGGAGCCUCCACAUCAUGUGUCUGAUCCCAGUCUUCUGCUGGAUCACUGCUGCAGUUCUGGACCACAUGUUGACUACAGACCAGAGAGGAGAGCUGCCCCAGACCCUCACUGACAUGUACUCACACUUCCUGCUGGUCCAGACCAAGAGGAAGAAGCAGAAGUAUGAAGAGGGACAUGAGACGAGUCCACAGCAGCUGAAGAAGAAGAAGAAGAUGAAGACGAGUCCACAGCAGCUGACGGAGGCUGACAGGGAGGUUCUUCUGAAGCUGGGGAGGCUGGCGUUUGAACAUCUGGAGAAAGGAGACAUCAUGUUCUACCAAGAAGACCUGCAGCGCUGUGGUCUUGGUGUCACCGAGGCCUUGGUGCACUCAGGAGUUUGUACAGAGAUCUUCAAAAGAGAGAGUUUGAUCUUCCAGAAAACAGUCUACUGCUUUGUUCAUCUGAGCAUUCAGGAGUUUCUGGCUGCAGUCUACAUGUUGCACUGUUACAGCAACAGGAAGACAAAGGUACUGAAGGACUUCCUGAAGAGAGACUGGCACAAUGAGAACAGUAAAGUCAGUUCUCAGGAGUACCCAUCCCUGGAUGUCUUUCUAAAAGGAGCCAUGGCGAAAUCCCUAGAAAGUAGAAAUGGCCACCUGGACCUGUUUGUCCGCUUUCUCCACGGCCUCUCUCUGGAGUCCAACCAGAGACUGUUAGGAGGCCUGCUGGGUCGCACAGACACCAGACCAGAAGUCAUCCAGAGAGCCAUCAGCCACCUGAAGGAGAUGAGAAGUGAUAAAAGCUCUCCUGAAAGGAGCAUCAACAUCUUCCACUGUCUGACAGAGAUGAAGGACCACUCAGUGCAUCAGGAGAUCACAGAGUUCCUGAAGUCAGAGAACAGAUCAGAGAAGGAACUCUCUGUGAUCCACUGCUCUGCUCUGGCCUACAUGCUGCAGAUGUCAGAGGAGGUUCUGGAUGAGUUGGACCUGAGUCAGUACAAAACAUCAGAUGAGGGGAAACGGAGACUGAUUCCAGCUGUGAGGAACUGCAGGAAGGCCAAACUGACUGGCUGUAAACUCUCAGAGGCUCACUGUGAAGUCGUGGCCUCAGCUCUGAAGUCUGACUCCUCCCAUCUGAGAGAUCUGGACCUGAGUGAGAACGCUCUGAAGGAUUCAGGAGUGGAGCUGCUGAUCUCUGGACUAAAGAGUCCAAACUGCAGACUGGAGACUCUCAGACUGUGGAGCUGCAGUUUGUCAGAGAUCAGCUGUUCUGCUCUGAUCUCAGCUCUGAAGUCCAACAUCCAUCUGAGAGUUCUGGACCUGAGUUACAACUACGAUCUGAAGGAUUUAGGAGUGGAGCUGAGAGAUCUUCUGGAGAGUCCAGACUGCAGACUGGAGACUCUCAGUUUGUCAGAGAUCAGCUGGUCUGCUCUGGCCUCAGCUCUGAAGUCUGACCCCUCCCAUCUGAGAGAUCUGGACCUGAGUUUCAACGCUCUGAAGGAUUCAGGAGUGGAGCUGAUCUCUGGACUAAAGAGUCCAAACUGCAGACUGGAGACUCUCAGACUGGAGAGCUGCAGUUUGUCAAAGAUCAGCUGUUCUGCUCUGGCCUCUGUUCUGAAGUCCAACAUCCAUCUGAGAGAUCUGGACCUGAGUAACAACGCUCCGAAGGCUUCAGAUGAGAAGCUGAUGAGAGAUCUUCUGGAGAGUCCAGACUGCAGACUGGAGACCCUCAGGAUCGGAAGAUGGGAUAAGCCGAUCACGAUCCAGAAGACCUGUGACAGGAAGUGAAGACACACAGAAAGUUUAUUCAUCACGGGGCGAGUUUGAGACGUCCAGAGGAGCGUGGAGGCAUUUUGGAAAAUACAGAAGAAGACUGCAGCUGAUGAGAGACUUCCUGUUAGCUCUCCUCAAUAUUGAACAAAAACAAUCCAUUGUACUUAAAGCUUUUCUUAAAGAUGUGUUGCACAUACACCUGCUGCUACCUACCACCACCUCCCACCCAUCCCGGCCCCAAAGAGGAGACCCCAUCGACCCCAGAUACCCCAACUCACUCUUCUUCAGGUUAGCUUGGAGCCCCGCCUUUACCUGCCCCAACAUCUCACUUUGAACGAUGUAGUCAUCCGGAUAUCUGCAUACUGAGAGUGGGACGCAGGACCCGGUCCAUGAGCUGCUGGAAGGGGGUCCACUGGACUGGAGGGGCGCUUGGAUCUGGUGAUGCCUUGCUCUUUCUGAAAGGGGAGGACAAAGGAGGUGUAAAGCAGCUAAAGACUUAGUAAAGGGUUGUGGGUCGUGUGCAUAGGCUAAUGCAAUGUGUCUGGCAGAGGGGACCUUAAGAUGGUCCAACAUGCGGCACUUGUAGAGUUCGGUUUCCCAAGCGGGUAGAGGUUAGUUAGAGCCAUCUUAAGAAUUGCAUAGUGUUGAUGUCUCCAUAUUAAGUUGAAUAAUUAAAACGAAAGUUAAUAUAAUCAAAUAUAAUCUUGUAUAACCCACAAUGAAAAUAUUAUAUUUCAUAUUGUUCUAUAAUCCCAGUAUAUACAAACACAAGUAGUUUGUUAAGUUGAGUUUAAGGCCUAUUGUAGUUUAUGGGUGUCACUGUUUAAAGAGGGGGGACAGUUGUCUUCACUCGCAGGCUGUACCCCUGACUCAAUGGAAAAGUACUGGAGCCCCAAAAUGUGUUCAGGCCAUACCAUAGGAGAAUAUGUCUGGAUGUCCAGUCCUGCACACCAGAGGUCAUGACCUUUCCCCACAGGGUAUAAAGGAGGUGUCUUUGGGUUUUCUUUGUGUUCCUAUGUGCAGCAUAAAAGCACUGGCUGAGAGGGAGAAAGCUCCAGAGCGGGGUCUCUCCUUGGUAGGUUCUCUCAACUUGGUAAGAUCUCUCAGAUUGAUUUGGUGAAUUGUUGAAUGAAAGUUUGAAUGUGUUAGAUACCACUGACCAUUUAUGAGGAGAUUCCUCUGGAUUCUGUCGGGUUAGACUUUUAAUGUUUCAACUGAAGAGGGCAGUUGAAGUUAGAAUUUAGUGUAAGAAAUGUAAAACUGAAUUGAGCUUUUAUAUUAGAAAAGUACCACAGCAUGAUAUGUUUUGUAUGAUUGUCAUAUUGUAACGAGAGAAGGUAAAAACCUGUUUAAGUGUGGACCAUUUUCUUCAAAUAAAAUCAUCCCACCUUUUUGGAUUGGGAGAAUUUAA